CCACAAUACUACUCUAAUUCAAUUGAGGGCUGAUUCUUCUAUUUGCUCUCACUCUCGCUCUAUCUUGAUUUUAAAUCUUCAGUUAAUAACUAUAUGUGGCCUAUACUAUGGCUCUUUCAAACUUUAGGACAACCUGAAUGGAUCUCUAGGAGGUAGCUCUGUGCCUAUUCUACUCGCGUUUAACUCUUACCGCCCAUGUCGCAAGUUCCUAUAUUCAUGAUUGUCAUAGACAACUCUAGGGCGAAAGACAUCCUGUCCGCACUGCCUUGCGAAUACUUGCAAGUAUACUAGCACGAACAAACCCACUGUGGUAUUAUCCAAAAAAUGGAUCAGAGCACAAGACCACGUAGGCCAUCGCUUACUCGACAUCUGCAGCGUAUACUGCACAUUGAUGGCCAUGGAAAUAAGAAUAGCAGUAGCUCACAGAUUUCGUCAGAUGCGGGACUUACGGCUUCGCCCCAGCAACAACAGUUCACACAACAGAGGGCACAAGAACCUCAAAGUUAUCUUAAUGUGAAUGAAAAAUCAUCUCAUACUCACACCAGGAAUCCUACCUCCUAUUCUUAUAUAUCAUUGGGCUCGAGGCAUACCCCUGUGGAUGGAGAACAUCCUGAAAGAGUUUUAAAAUCGUCAGCUCAUGGGAUUUCUUUCCAAAAACAAGCAUCUUGUACGCCUGAGGAAAUGCCAACAAAAUCUGAUAUUUAUGUUUCACCCACGAGGACCAGCAAUUCCGCUCUAAGAAAUGAGAGGCGGGCUACACUGCGACUAGAGGCAGAGAGGGUAGAGCUCGAGAAAAAGCUAAUGAAGCUUGAGCAAGCGGAAUCAGCUAAUGAUUCUGGUUCAAUGAGACGGGAACCACGCCGUCUCACCAAAAAGCAACCAUUUAGCAGCUCUAGAGCCUCAAGCGUGAGUGCAGACGAACCUAGGACCUCCAGGCGAAUUUCUUCGAUUUUUUCAAGUUCGAGGCGCUCAUCAAGAUCGCGAUCAAGCUCUUUAAACGAGGAUGAUAAAGACGUCUCAAGACCUCAGUCGCUUGGACCUGGAGGAACACCAAAGUCCGAUCACAGCACUCAAUCUGCCACACGUACUCUAUCCACGACCUUGCCUGAACGCCUCAGCACAGCAAUCUCCAAGGAGCUAGCUGUCCAAAGCAACCCGCUACUUGCAAAUCAUACAUCAUCCCUACGAUCACAAAAGUUAUCUUACGCAGAAGGAACCAUGGCAGUUGGUCAAGGGACUGAGAGCAAUAAGAGUUUCGAUAAAAUUGAGGCAGAUACUUCUCAUGUGCAGGGGCUCAAAAAGCUUAGGCAUGAGCCAACUGAACAACCUGCUCCCAUAUCGAUGUCCAUAUCCCACAAACAACAAGUUUCAGAUCCUUCAGAACUAGAUCGUUCAUCAUUUGCUGCAGCAUUGAACCUCAGGAAAAGAAUCUCUGACAAAGCACAGCUACAUGGGCGUCUCUCACAGCCCACUCACUUUCAAUAUAAUACAACACAAGAAGAGAACCAGCAUGAACUGGGUGCCAAUGGUCCCUCGAGGAAAACAUCAGCAUCUGUCAUACCCUUGAAUACUAACCAUCCUGGCGUUCGAAGAUCUUUUAUUUCCUUUCAAUUAGGCUCGUCAAGGAGCGUACCAGUUAGAACACCACGAGGAAAAACUCAGGGACAUCACAAGGGUUUCACAUCGUCUCCGCUUGCAGGCUCCUCAACAACGAAGGACACCGCUUCUCAACCUCUCGGCGCCGUUCCAACUGAACGAGCAUCCCCAAGUUUUGAUGGCUUGUGCUACACGGAGCCUUCUGCAUUUUCCAAGAUGAAUUCCUCUUCCAAUACAAAUCCACCACUUCCUAUGACUUCAUUAAAAUUGUCGAAUGAAGAUGGCAGGGAAAACAGACACGUUCCAAGCAGUUCUCUUGGCUUUACGAGCAUAUCCAAGGAGAGGCCACGGACUCGUGUACCGAAUAGUUCGGGGUUAUCAGAUCAUAGCCCUAAGCCGCAUUCUAGUCCAGCAAUCCCCAAUGCUAAGCCAAAAGAGCUUUCCGCUUUUAAUCAGGGAGUGCAGCAUGCAUUUGAGCCUGUAAAAUCACAUGAUAAAGCUUCGCCAGGCAAUGCACUCGAAAAUCACUCACAGAACCGCUCAGCGAGAUCUGGGAGCCAAGAUUGGGGUAUUGCAGCACAAACGGGGCUGGAAGGGGGAAACACCUCCAUAUACCCGUGUGAUUUCGACUCUAGUGGUCGAGGGGGGCCCUCACUACCUAAGGGUGGCUCAAAAGGCGCCUUGGAUUACGGAAUAGGAGGUUCAACUGUUUCGUUGUCGGCUAGCUUGUCCCAGUAUCCAGAAUCAGAGGAGUACAACACCGCAGAUGAAGCUGCGUCGAGUUCUUCAAAGGCGCAAAGCGAGGAAUCUAUUCCGGUCAAGCAACUAGAUAUUGCUUCUGUUCCUGCCGGUCUUAGCAGCUUUGCUAAUAAUGGCUCGCCCUUCAGACUUCAUCAUGCCUCCCAAGCUGUGCACCCUAACACACCAGCCCUCCGGACAGAACAAGUUGGAGAAAAUCCAAAACAGCUUCGGCGAGGCCAAUUGGUCGCGAAGCUAUUCGUCAUUUGCUGCAAUUGCGAGUUCUGGCACGACGUGCCGUCCGAGAUAUAUGCAAAACUAGCUUUCCCUGCCAGUCCUUCUGCUCCUGCAAGCUACAGUCCUGCAUCUGUGGUAAGAAGAUCAGGCUUGGACGAUCAAACAUUAUCUAAAGCGCAAAUAGGCGCUGUGUCAGGUUCACCCAUACAAUUAUCAAAAGAAAAUUUUGCUAGUCUGAGGAACAUCUCUGCAUCAAAAACUGCAGCGCAGUUUCCUAACCCUGUCGUUCCAUGCUGCUGGUGUGAACAUCACAUGAGCAGAGUGUGUUGUCAAGGAUGGAGCACAGUUGUUGAUUUGCGCGAGAGACACCAUUAAACUAGUAAUGUCCCUCCCGCCAGAACAGUUACUCGUCUCGCAAUAAAUGUGAGGUAUACAGCUAUAUUUGUUGAAUCGUCCUUAUUGACUUGUCUAAUAAAGCUUAUUAUUUCAGUUGUUGUGCAGAAUGUUAUAAUGCUCGAGAAUUUAUAUUUUAUCUGUGGGUUGUUCAAUUCCCUUCCUCACUAAUUUCAUUUUGCUUCCUAGUUUUAUUAA